UGAGGGUUUAAUUGAAAUCCUUCCAUCCAUGCUUGUUUACAUUUGGAACACAUGGAAAAAAAAUAAUUCGAAGAAGGCAUUUGCAAAAAAUUUCCAAUUUAAUUUUUCUUGUUCCCUUUCCGUUCAAGCGUGUAUUUUCAAUCAUUUUACAAGAGAUUUUCAUUCAACCUUGAAAUUGCCAUUGCUUCUAGUAAUAAUAUAAGAAAGCUUAAGCUGAUAUAUUGUAGAUACAGCUUUCGAGAGCUUAUUAAAUUGUUCAACUUAUUUAAGAAGAUUCAAUUAUUGCGAAUAAGAAGAAGGAAAAUUAAUCAUGAAAUUCGACGCUUUGCUUGUUAUCGUUUUAACGUGUCUUGUUAGUCAAAGUUCGUACAUUUUUGCGUCUAAUUUUCAAAAUACAAGAAGUUCUCAAAUGAGUUAUACACCCAGCCAACAAUUUUUGGGAAAUCUUAUUAACGAUGUAAAUAAGGAAAGCGAUCAGAAAGCUGUUGAAGGUGGAAGAAGAUUCUUUGGUAAUUUCGCUCAAAGCCUUAUGAAUUUAGGCUCCUCUCUAAUGGAAGAAAGUGAAAAAGAGGAUAUGAUGCCAAUUGAUGCAAUAACAAAAGCAAUAAGUGAAUCUAUUGACGCCAUUUCUAAAGAUUUUGAAGAGCAAAUAAAUAAAUAAUUUAAUUUAUUUUAUUUAUUCAUCAACAUUCAAUAACUAAUAAGGCAUUCUUAGAAAAGUUAUUUUUCAGUUACAAGUUUAAUAAGUUUAAAAAUACUAAAAUAAAUAAGAAAAAGGCAAAACAAAUGUCGGAAGUGAUGCGAGUAAUUUUCAUUGUGUUUUCGAGUAUAAAUUAGCUGGAAAAAUCGAAAAUCAGUUCAGUUCUCACUUUUCAAGUUUCAAACAUAACAUCGAGAUGGUUGUCAAAGUGUCAUUAGUCGUGAUUUUAUUUCUCAUGUUUAUAAAUCUCAACUUCGCUCAACAGAAAUCAUUCUUUGAUAAAGAUUUUUAUUUUAACUUAGUUGGAUUAUUCGGCCUUGAUGAUGAAGACUAAAAGGAAUUGUACAAGAGAAUUUUACUGUUGAAAUAAAAUUAAAUAUGUCACUUCAAAUCUUAAAUUUAAGCUUUCUUGAUAUCAAUAACAUGUUGAAAGAUCUUUCAGAUUAUUCACAUGUGAUACGUUUGAAGCCUUUCACAUCUCGAGACAAAUAUUGUAAAGGCUCAUAAGCCUUGGUGAAAGCUUCAUGGUUCAUAUCUUUUCUUAAAAAAUCAAUAACAAGUUUACUUUUACUUGUCGUGCUUCAAAUAUUCCCUUGAGAUAAGAAGCUUUGAGAAUGUCCUAAGUAGAUUCUAAAUAUUUCAAAGGUUUUCAACAUAAAGCAAAAUAAAUGUUAAUAUUUUAUCAAAAGCAACAAAUGACGAGUUUUAUUGUUAAGAUACGCCAAUCACGAG